AUGGUGGUGAUGAAUGUGACGACAGCGGCGAUGAUGACACUGGAGACUGACGACAAUGGUGAUGAUGACAGUGACGACAAUGGGGAUGAUGACAGUGACGACAAUAGUGAUGAUCACAGUGACGACAAUAGUGAUGAUGACAGUUUGACGACAAUGGGGAUGAUGACAGUGACGACAAUAGUGAUGAUCACAGUGACGACAAUGGUGAUGAUGACAGUGACGACGACAUUUGACGACAAUGGGGAUGAUGACAGUGACGACAAUAGUGAUGAUCACAGUGACGACAAUGGUGAUGAUGACAGUGACGACGACAGUGAUGGUGACAGUGACGACAAUGGGGAUGAUGACAGUGACGACAAUAGUGAUGAUCACAGUGACGACAAUAGUGAUGAUGACAGUGACGUCAAUGGUGAUGAUGACAGUUUGACGACAAUAGUGAUGAUUACAGUGACGACAAUAGUGAUGAUGACAGUGACGUCAGUGGUGAUAAUGACAGUUAUAACAAUAACGAGGGCGAUGGUGACAACAACGACGACACUGAUGGCCACGGUUUUGAUGACAAUGACGACGACAAUCUUCCAGGAGGAAAGAAGACAUUGA